AUGGAACCUGAGGAUAGAAUUGGAACAGAACUGGACGAUAGAAUUGUAAUGGAACCUGAGGAUAGAAUUGGAACAGAACUGGACUAUAGAAUUGGAACAGAACUGGAGGAUAGAAUCGUAAUGGAACCUGAGGAUAGAGUGUUCAUUGAUCCAGAAGGUUCAGAUGCUGAGGAGCCAGAUGGGAUUCUCAAUGAGCCAGAAGAUCCAGAGGAGCAACAGGAGGAAGAUGAUGAAGAGGAUAAUGAUAACAUAUUUGCCACACUGAUGGGCCGCUACAAGAAAGCAGCAGAACAGGAGGACAAUGAUAAAGGGGUGGAGAAAAGAGAGGCAGUGAUAGAGGAGAGGAAGAACAGCUUCGAACGACAAGCUCCACCACGGGCUGACCGGCGGCAAUCCCUACCCUGUCCGGUGAGUCUGUGUACGUGUGAGAUGCUGUUGUAGAGGAAUCUGCUUUGUCUUUGGGAGUUGUAUACACAGAGCUUUAGGAGUGAGAUUUGAGGGGGAGGGUCAGAGCUAGGGCUGCUGGGUUUGACCACUGACACUCAUUACAGUCACAGUCACUCCACCAGGAUCCUUUACCACCCACCGACCCACCACAGGGCUCUUCAGCUCCUGGCCUGGAGCCCAAAGUACAGGUAGAUAGCCAUGUCCUCUUUCUCACGCUCAGUGUUAUAGGAGUUUCCAGGUGAACAAGAAGGAGAGCAGUCGUAGGGUAAAGUCAAUCAAAAAUCUAUCCGGUUUAUUACAAGUUGCAACCGGGAGACACCACCCAGCACAGAAGCAGAGGAAAUGUCUAACUGGCCUCUUGGAGACCUGCCCUUUUUAUAUCCUAAUCAGACAGCAACAAAUGUUCUGUAAACAGCAGCCAGAGAGAUUUGAUGGAAGUCAAAACAAAAAGGCAGUGACUGUCAGCCAGAGAAAUAAAAGUCAUCCCAUUGCUUUGUUGUGCCUUAGCCACAGCCAGGGGACAGUAACUCUAAUAGGAUUAGAAUAGGCUGAAGAGCUAAAGAGCUACAGAGCAGGAGCAUCAUUUAGACACACACACACACACACCUCCCUCCGGUGUGAGGGUAUGUUUACUUGAGUUCCUCCUGUUGUGAAUUCGGAUGCAUUUACUGAAUUAUCUGUCUCUCACCCCCCCACUCUCCCGUCAUCUCUCUCUCUGUUUUUCUAUCUCUCUCUAUAUAUAUAUAUCUGUGUUUCUCUCUGUUUCUCUCUCAGGCUCAACUCACAGCGAUGAUGCAGUUGUCUCGUCUCCACAACGCUACCAGGGCCCCGUCACCCGCCAGGCCAAACUCCCUGCAAUGCAUCUCGUCCACUGAGGAUCCUGGCUGCCCGAAACCAGCCAAUAUGGAGCGACGAUCCUCCAUGAUUCCAUCCACCAUUCCAGAGCUGGCCGGAAUGCCAAAGAUUAAAAUGCAAACACGGUUCCGCAGGCGGAAUGUCAUGUCUCUGGUAGGCUUGCGGUGUGUGUGUGUGUGAUGGCCAGGUUGGGGUCUUUCUGAGAACACCGCUUUAGUCUAAUUCCAUUCAAUUAACACUUUGUUAACAGUAAAUCUGUGUGUGUGUUGCAGAGCGACGCCGAUCGUGUGUGUCUCAUCUGCCAUGAUGACCUGCACAGAGGAGGGAGUGGAAUCAGGACGCUGCACUGCUCUCAUAGCUUUCACAGUGAGGUAAGAGCAGCUUGAAAACACACACACACUCUCUUUCUCUCUCACACACACUCUUUCUCUCUCUCUCUCCCUGAAGUGUAUAGAGGAGUGGCUGUGGAGGAAGCAGGCGUGUCCUACGUGUCGUGUGCAGGUGGUGCUCUUGCCAGAACCACUCUACUGGAGCUCCACUCGGGUCAAAGUACCCUGACAACCACGUAGAACAGUCUAGAACUGGACAGAACCAGCUACAACAGCCUAGAACUGAACAGAACCACCUAGAACAGCUUAGAACUGCCCAGAACUGUCUAGAACUGGACCCAACCUCCCACAACUGCAUAUAG